AUGGCCACAGGCUCCUCCUAUUUACCGUCCAGCAGCCCUACCUCAAGCACAUUCAAUGUCAAUUUUCCAUCUUCAUACUCCCCUCUUGCUCGUUCGUCUGGACUUCUCCUUCCCAGCGAAUAUGACGAGCUCAACCAACCGCCCAUUGAAACUCUCCCAUUUGAAGAAAUAGUCCGAAACAAGCACGUCAAGAAGCUAUUUCGGGACUAUCAAGAGGCAAACUCUCAGCUCCUCUCAAGCAACAAGAUGAUUCAGUCUCUUUUGGAAGAGAACAGGAAGCUGAGGAGCCAGUGUGAGGCAAAUCUCUCUCGGGGUAUUCACUCUCCAUAUCCCAGAUCUAUCUCUAUUGCAUCUAGUUCCUCUUGCACCACGUCGCUCGCGCCCAGUGAUUCAAUUUCACAAGCUCCACAUGCGCCAACAAUGCCUCAGAUUAUCCCAGUCCGUGGAACAGAAGAUCGACCGGACGACUUACCUGUAGGCGUCCUUUGGACAUUGAAGGACUGCGCCAACGACGAAAUUCUCAGUCCGUCAAUGAAAAGCAAUCCAUCUCGACCUUUGAUGCAAUUUGCACUCCGAGAACGCGACGGCUCCUUGAUCUCGCAGGAGAAGUACAAGGCCAUCAAGGACGAUGUCAUUGCACUAUGCAACUCAAAUCUGCACGUACUCGAGCCGCCAUCCGAAGCAAAGAGACGCCGGGGAUCGAAGUUGGUCCAAGGGACUAUGACCUGGUAUAAAACCCAUUUCAAAGUUGUGUGGAAUAGUGUGGUUUCGGAGCUCGAGCGCAUGCACCCCGUCCUUAGGCUCUGUGCCGGGCAUUGGAAGGCCGAACACAUGCUCUCAAGACACCUAACAUCGAAAGUUGGCACCAAACACGCAGCCGAUGACGAAGACGAGAUGGUAACACCCAGAACUCGUCCUCAAUCUUCGGCACCUGCAACUCUGCUGGCUUCACCGCCUCCUGCAGCACCUUCCCCGCCCCCUGCAGCUCUACAGCAAAUUUCAUCGCAAUCGCAUUCACCUUCCCCGCCUCCAACGCCCUCCAGAAGCAAACGAACUCGUACGGACUCUCAAAACGAGAACAGCGCCAAGAGGCUCCGCCCAGAUAGCAGUGAAGUCGAAGACGAAAUUGCCGACGUGUUUGGGCUUCAAUCCCAAUCAAAAGCAGCACAGAAGUCGACGCCGCCACCACCCAUUAUCGACAUCAGCGGUAUCCAGGUAAAUUCCUCGCUCGAAAACUUGAAGACUGCCCUCGCAUCCGACUUUCCUUCAAUCAAGACUGGUGUACAGCUCAUCGAACGCCUUCAACAGAUGUCGUCAGCAACCGCAAGCUCAUCCGCCGACUCCGAGCCCAGUGCCAGCCUUCUCACCCUCAUCCAGCGCAUUGAGACCGCCGAUCCGAAUGACCCCAGUCUCGAGGAGGACGACACCAACGAAAGCUGGGGGCAUCGUCAGUUUACUGCCGGCGACCUGCAACUCGGCACUGCAUUGGGUUCUUGGGGGGAUGUCGGUUCUGUCAACACCGCCAGUCGCCUCAUCGCUGCCACGAUCCGAAUGUGCAGAGUUGCUCGGUAUCUCUGCACCCAGCGGCAAAUUAUUGCCAAUUCAUUUGUUUGUGACGCAUAUCUUGAUCGUGUCGUCGAAACACUUUGGAAUAUCACUCCCACCCCUCCAUCCGAUCCACCAGGUGGAAAUAGUGCAAGCACCAGCGCCAGUGGACCCGACCUCUCAUCUCGGGAUGGCAUUCUGAGUGCCUUACAGAAUCUCACAGUCGAGCAGAUGAAGGCGUGGAUGUCGAGGAAUAACAUUGUUUGCACUGUAAAACAACCCAAGAAAAGCCACUACAUCGAAACAAUUACAGCGUCCGACACUAUUCCAUCCGCUGAUGAAAUGAAGGCUAUGCUUGCUGUUCGCCGUUCAAAGGGAAAGAAGGAGGAGCGGCACUCCCCGACUCCAGAACCUCAAAUUUACGAGACUGAACCUGACAAGUUCGGUUUGUAUCGACAAUACACAACUUUUCCAUCCCGCGACCCAGACGAGGGACUCACUGUUGACGAUGUAUGUGAUGCCCCCAACCUCUCCACCUCCCAGAAUCAGUCCGACAUUCAAUGGUGGAAAGGAAUUGGUCCCUUCACUUCAAAGGCGAACCAAAACCUUUUUGCGCCAUUCCUCAAUGCAUCGGUCUUCCGCCUCAUGCAUUGGUUCUACAGUAGCCUCACCGACAUUCAAUGGUGGAAAGGAAUUGGUCCCUUCACUUCAAAGGCGAACCAAAACUUUUUUGCGCCAUUCCUCAAUGCAUCGGUCUUCCGCCUCAUGCAUUGGUUCUACAGUAGCCUCACCAAAUCGUUAUACGACCUCGACAAGCUUGUUCACGACGUUCUUUUGGCCCCCGACUUUGACAUUGAAGACCUGCGCGAUUUCAACGCGCAACGGGAAUUACGCCGGCUUGAUGACGCCCAGGACGAGCUUGACGAAGAGGCUGGCUGGAAGGCCUCUUCAGUUUUCAUCUCCCUGCCGGCGGAGAGGGUGCAGCAUGAUACAGAAGACGACGCACCCAAACUUGAAGUCAAGGGGGUGUAUCAUCGCAGCCUCAUCUCCGUGAUCCGUUCAGCAUUUGCGCAUCCUUCAGCCCUCCGGUUUCACUAUACACCCUUCAAGAUGUUUUGGAAGAAAACACCCGAGUCACCCCAGAACGUGUCAUCACCGAGCUGUACAACUCCGAUGCAUUCCUCGAAGAGCAUGAAAAAAUCCAAUCUCUUCCUCCGGACCCCAGCUGCAACCUCGAACGAUGUGUAG